AUGUCGACGUGCGCGGCGGACCUGGCGCCGCUGCUGGGGUCGGCGGCGAUGAACGCCACGGAGUACCUAUGCAACAGGUUCACGGACACCACGACCGCGGUGGACUCCACCUACCUGCUCUUCUCCGCCUACCUCGUCUUCGCCAUGCAGCUGGGGUUCGCCAUGCUCUGCGCGGGGUCCGUCCGGGCCAAGAACACCAUGAACAUCAUGCUCACCAACGUGCUCGACGCCGCCGCCGGCGCGCUCUUCUACUACCUCUUCGGCUUCGCCUUCGCCUUCGGGGCCCCCUCCAACGGCUUCAUCGGGAAGCACUUCUUCGGCCUGCGCGACGUCCCCGCGGUCGGCUUCGACUACAGCUUCUUCCUCUUCCAGUGGGCCUUCGCCAUCGCUGCCGCGGGGAUAACGUCCGGCUCCAUCGCGGAGCGCACGCAGUUCGUGGCCUACCUCAUCUACUCCGCCUUCCUCACCGGCUUCGUCUACCCGGUGGUGUCCCACUGGGUAUGGUCCGCCGACGGCUGGGCCUCGGCCUCCCGGACGUCGGGGCCGUUGCUCUUCAAGUCUGGCAUGAUCGACUUCGCCGGGUCCGGGGUUGUGCACAUGGUAGGCGGCGUGGCCGGGCUCUGGGGCGCGCUCAUCGAGGGCCCCCGCAUUGGGCGGUUCGACCACGCCGGGCGCUCCGUGGCGCUGCGCGGGCACAGCGCGUCGCUCGUCGUGCUCGGCACGUUCCUGCUGUGGUUCGGCUGGUACGGGUUUAACCCCGGCUCCUUCCUCACCAUCCUCAAGUCCUACGGCCCGGCCGGUAGCAUCCACGGGCAGUGGUCGGCGGUGGGGCGCGCGGCAGUGACGACCACCCUCGCCGGCAGCACGGCGGCGCUCACGACGCUGUUCGGGAAGAGGCUCCAGACGGGGCACUGGAACGUGCUGGACGUCUGCAACGGCCUCCUCGGCGGGUUCGCGGCGAUCACCGCCGGGUGCGCCGUGGUGGAGCCGUGGGCGGCCAUCAUCUGCGGGUUCGUGUCGGCGUGGGUGCUCAUCGGGCUCAACGCGGUGGCCGCGCGGUUCAAGUUCGACGACCCGCUGGAGGCGGCGCAGCUGCACGGCGGGUGCGGCGCGUGGGGCGUCAUCUUCACGGCGCUGUUCGCGCAGAAGGAGUACGUUGAGCAGAUCUACGGCGUGCCGGGGCGGCCGUACGGGCUGUUCAUGGGCGGCGGGGGCCGGCUGCUGGGUGCGCACAUCGUGAUGAUCCUGGUCAUCGCGGCGUGGGUGAGCUUCACCAUGGGCCCGCUGUUCCUGGUGCUGAACAAGAUCGGGCUGCUGCGCAUCUCUGCCGAGGACGAGAUGGCCGGCAUGGACCAGACACGGCACGGCGGGUUCGCCUACGCCUACAACGACGACGACGCCAGCGGCAAGCCGGAACGCGGCGUCGGCGCGUCGUUCAUGCUCAGGUCAGCGCAGACCUCGCAGGUCGCGGCCGCAGAGGGCGAGGGCGGCCAGGUCUAG